AUGGAGUCUCUCGUUAUGUCGCCUCUUUUUCUUCUUUUUGAUGGUACUGAUUUUUGCUUUUUGCUUGGAGGGGGGGUAAUUGAUUUUGUUUAUUUUUUUUUACUUCUUAUUAUCAUAAUUGCAGGGGUUUACCCUAUCUUAUUCUCUUGCAUUCGGCAGUUGAUGUACGUGUACGGAUGGAGCAUGUGGGAAGGGAGCGAUUGA